GAAAACUGAUGAUUUCUUUGCUCAGACCUGCAAGUGUGAAAAACUUUAGGCAAACCAUGCAGUCAAGUUGUCGAUGGUAAUGAUAUUAAUGACUUACGUAUGUAUUCAGCCGGUAUGCAGACAGAUAAACUUGAUCUUGUUAUUAAAUCAGCCAUGUUUUGCCACAGAAAAAAUGGCCAACAAACUGACAGUUGUAAACAUAAACGGCAGGAGAGGGUUAGGCCCAGUCAGUAGUUUUAUAUUAAGGGAGUUGAAGUUUGCCGUGAGGUAUUCUGUUUCGCAUACAACAUCGGAAAGGAGAAACUAAAAAGAAUUGGUCGCUCUCUUGACAAUGAUGGAUUGAUUGCUAGGACUCAUGGUAAUACCAAAAGACUACCUCAUAAUGCAAUCACAUUUGAGGAAAGAGAACACAUAAGAAAAUUCCUCAUCUGCUAUGCAUCUGACAAUGCAAUGCCCGUUCCCGGAAGACUUCCAAACCACCGCAAUAGUUCAGAGUCAUGUUCCUUAGAUGCAACCGUCCACUACAGCUGGGACUUUGCACAGCAGGUUCAUAUUCCACACCAUAGCCAACAGGUUGGACCCCUGUAUUUCAAAACUGCCAGGAGAUGUGAGGUAUUUGGAGUUUGCUGUGAAGGAUCUGAGAAACAGGUGUUUUGCCUGGGUGAGGCACAUGCUCAGUUCCACUUUGACAAUUGCCAAGGACAACAAAAAUAAUGCCGUUCUUGGUUAUGCUGUGUGGAGAACAUUGACAGGAGGGCAUAAGACAAUCCAAUACUCACUGAUGCUAGCCGGCCACACCAAAUUUUCAUGCGACUGGCAUUUUGGAGUUUGGAAAAACAGAAUGAGACACAUGGAUGCAGAGACAGUUGAGGAGGUGGCUUCCACAGAAGCCAUGUCAUCCCGUAAUGGCCACAACAUUCCACAUAUUGUUGAUGGCAACAGCAAACAAGUGUCGUUCUAUGACUGGAGCACCUUCUUCAAAGGCAUUUUCAAACCAUUGAAGAACAUUUCGAAAUACCAUUCAUUUGAGGUGUCUUCUAACGAGCCUGGGGUUUUAAGAGUAAGAAAGUUUGUUGAUGCCCAUGGGGAGAAAAUUAACAUACUGAAAAACUGCCAAGUGGAUAUUGGUGUUCUGCCAGAGCAGAUCUUUGGUGAGGGAAUAAGUGCAGAAAGGCAAUGGUACUUGCAUGAUGUAUAAAGAGACUUUUGCAGAUCAGAUAAUGCUAAAAACACAACAUGCCCAUUGCCAUUAGUUGCAAAAGAAGGCUAUUCAAAGGCCAAAAAACAAAAGUUGAAAUAGGCAACUUUAUUGAGAACACUUUCUGUGUGUGUUUCAGCAAAAGUUAUAGUUUGUUUCUUGCUAUAAAUAUAUUGGCAUGUGUAAGUGGAAGUUUUAUGUUUUCAUUUACAUUCAAAGAAUAUAUUUCUUUGUGUUACAUUGAUAAAAUAUUCAUGAUCUUAGAAAUGUAUGGUUUCCUUGGCAACCAAAAGUAACACACUUGAUUGAUCAUUAAAUACUUAUGUAUAAACAUGUAUUUCAAUUAUGGGAAUAUCAUUGAACAGUCGGCCAUCUAUAAGUAAAGUAUGAUGACAUUUAUAUUUUCCAUACACGACUGCAGUAUAAUGUGAAAGUGUACAUUUAUAAGUCUAUAUGUUAAUAGUUAUACAUUAAUAUAGUUUCAAUAAUCCUUGCAUGCAUAUGUUUGUUGUCAAUUUUGUCAAAUAAGGCAUGUGUCAAUGCUUUCCUUGUAAAUACAUUUCAUUCUGUGUCAUCUUACAACUCCAAAAGAAUGAAAUGAGCAAAAAAAAAAGAAUUAUUCUAGGUAUAAGUCAGUUGCUAUGGCAACCAAGUAUAACAUUCUUAUUGAUUUUAAAAAUAAUUGAUUUCACCAGACAAGUUACAUCUUUUAAUUAAUUGCUUGUUUUAAAAUAAUAUGUUUUUUGUUUUGAUUAAUACAAGGAUAAGCUGCACUACUUUUAACCUUGUUUUAGAAAAGUGGCAGAUUUUCUUUACAGGGUCUAUGGAAAAUUGCUGUUGACAUUCUAUUUUACUACAUAGCUGGCUGAAAUUUUAAUGCUGUACUAAAAUAUUUCCUGCAAACAUAAUCUAUUAAAUUCAAAUGUGAUUUUAUCUAUUUGAGCUGCUUUUGCGUUUAUUUGGAUAAAUUUCUCGUGAAAAAAUUGUAGUCAUGGCAACCGUUUCUAUGAAAUGUACAUGUAGUGUUAUAUUUUCCAUAAAUGAUGUUAUGAUAAUGUUUCCACAUAAAUAAAAAAUGCUCUAUUCAAUUUUAAUGGAAUACAGACUCUUAAAAUCAA